UUAACCUAACCUAACUUAUUUCUGCUCUUAUCAGUUGUCAAUGUUAUUGUAUUUCAAGAACGUACUAACCACGUUUUACUAAUUUAUUACAAAAAACGAUUGUUUCAACUUGGAAGAUUUAUUAUAUUUGAUAAAGUUAAAAGUUAAUUUAUAAUAAUAAUAAUGGAGGGUCAAUUUAGUGAUGCCGAUGAGGAUGAUGUUAACAAUCAAAAUUUACCGAAAGGAAAUCCGUUGUUUAAGCAACCACCACAGAAGGAAUUGGAGAAUCUGAAUCUAACUGAAUCAGAUGAAAAUGAAGAGAGCUACGAUGACAGUGACUGUGAUUGGGAUUAUAUUCAAGAUUUUUCCGGUCAUUCAAUUCGAUUGAGAAACAGUCGUCAACAAAGUGCCAACACACAAAAUGUAUCGACAAAAAUUUCCAAUUAUCAGCCAACGGAAAAAUUAUUUCAACGCUAUGCGAAUAAAAUUAAUUUGGAAAAAUAUGAGGGUCCAUCAUUACCGAAUCAUGCGACGAAUAGUUUAAUACAAAAGAAUAAACGUGUCGAUAAGGAUCGUAUUCGAAUAAAGGAUAAACAUGAUCGUGCCACAGUUGAACAGGUGAUGGAUCCCAGAACUCGUAAAAUAUUAUUUAAAAUGCUCACCCAGGGAAUUAUUAGCGUAAUGAACGGUUGUAUUUCAACUGGAAAGGAGGCGAACGUCUAUCAUGCGACAUCGAAAACAGGCGUUGAUUUUGCUAUCAAAAUUUACAAAACAUCAAUUUUACACUUCAAAGAUCGUGAUAAAUAUGUCACUGGUGAAUUUCGCUUUCGUCACGGUUACUGUAAGAGUAAUCCACGUAAAAUGGUUCAAACUUGGGCGGAAAAGGAAAUGAGGAAUCUCUUAAGAUUGCAGCAAGCCGGUGUUAAUGCUCCCAAACCGAUAAUGUUACGUAAACAUGUUUUAUUGAUGGAUUUCAUCGGUCAAGAAGGAUGGCCUGCACCAAAAUUAAAGGACGUCGAUCUUUGCACAUCAAAAUUACGAUCCUUAUAUCGUGAAUGCAUUGAAAUUAUGUGGAAACUCUACAAUAAAUGUAAAUUAGUUCAUGCCGAUUUAAGUGAAUAUAAUUUACUCUAUUGUGAUUCGAGUAUUGUUGUCAUUGAUGUUUCACAAUCUGUCGAACACGAUCAUCCCAUGGCUCUUGAAUUUUUGAGAAAGGAUUGCACAAAUAUUACCGAAUUCUUCAAGAAAAAAGAUGUGGCCGUAAUGUCAUUGAAGUCACUUUUUAACUUCAUUACUGAUCCAACUGUAUCCGAAGACAAUAUGGAGGAAUAUUUGGAUUUAGCAUCGGAGAAAGUGACACAAAAUUCACAAUCAUUGGAUCCUGAGGAAGAAGUGGAGGAGCAAGUGUUCAAACAAGCUUACAUUCCUCAACGACUUGAUGAGGUUAUCGAUGUUGAAAGGGACAUAAAGUUAGCCAAGUCCGGAAAAGAAGAAUUAAUUUAUAAAACUCUGAUUGGUAUGAAAUCGGAUCUAUCGAAACCAGUAGAAAUUCCCGAAAUUAUUGCCGCUAAAAAUUUAGAUGAUGAAGAUGAUGAUGCUUCGAGUAAUAGUGAGGAAGAUUCUGAUUCGGAAAAUUCCGAUGAUUCUGCAAAUAAUGAAGAUGAAAAGACAUCCAAAUUUGUAAAUGCAGCCAGGCCACGAAACGAAAGUUUAGAGAGUAAAAAGGCAAGAAAGAAGGCAAUCAAAGAAGAACAAUCAGAAAAAAGAAAAAGCAAAGUCAAAAAGCACGUCAAAAAAAGAAAAGAAAAAUUAGCCAAAAAAAAGUGAACAGUUUAUGAUAAAAUUCAAGAAAAAUACGAAAAAUGAAUGAAAAUUAUUUUGUAUUAUAAUAAGAAGGUGAGUAAAAGAACAGAAAGAAAAUAUGUAUACAAAUAGAGAUAAUUUUUUCGAA